AUGGCUUCAGAAAAGACUUUCGACAACUUCUGUGUCCGCUUUACGGGCAAAAAUUAUGGAGCUUGGGAGUUUCAGUUUCAAAUGUUUGUGAAAGGGAAAGGCCUUUGGGACAACCAUGUGCAUACGUCUACUGCUCCGACAGACAAAACAGAAUUGGCGGCAUGGCAAACAAAGGACGCCCAAGUUAUAACUUGGAUUCUGGCUUCUGUUGAAUCUCACAUGAUCAACAACCUACGUGCUUUUUCUACUGCUAAAGAUAUGUGGGACUAUCUGAAGCGUAUUUACAAUCAGGACAACGUUGCCAAACGGUUCCAAUUGGAGCUCGACAUUGCUAACUAUCGUCAGGGAAAUCUCUCUAUCCAGGACUAUUACUCCGGGUUCCUUACUCUUUGGGCGGAUCAUUCAACUAUCUUACACGCCGAUGUUUCUAAAGAUUCACUCACUGCUGUCCAAAAAGUUUAUCAGAUUAGCCAACGGGAUCAAUUUCUCAUGAAGCUUCGACCUGAAUUUGAAGCUGUACGUGCAGCUUUGCUGAAUAGGAAUCCAGCCCCUUCCUUGGAUAUUUGUCUUGCGGAAUUACUUCGAGAAGAGCAGCGUCUUCUGACCUUAUCCCGUGAUGACUUUGCUGCUGAUCCUGUCUCUGUUGCCUACACUGCCCAAAGUAAAGGCACAUGA